CCGGCCUCUUAGGCUAGGUCAGAAAGGAGGCGGAACUCGGUGAUCUGACUGGUGGUUUCCCGGCCGGACCGAGAAGAGGAGCGCGCUGCGCGUCGCGGGAGUAACCUCCUUGGUCUCCUGCUUUCGCGACAUGGCCUUCAAUUUUGGGGCUCCCUCGGGCACCUCCGGUACCGCUGCAGCCACCGCGGCCCCCGCGGGUGGGUUUGGAGGAUUUGGGACAACAUCUACAACUGCAGGUUCUGCAUUCAGCUUUUCUGCCCCCACUAACACAGGCACUACUGGACUCUUCGGUGGUACUCAGAACAAAGGUUUUGGAUUUGGUACUGGUUUUGGCACAACAACGGGAACUAGUACUGGUUUAGGUACUGGUUUGGGAACUGGACUGGGAUUUGGAGGAUUUAAUACACAACAGCAGCAGCAGCAAACUACAUUAGGUGGUCUCUUCAGUCAGCCUGCACAAGCUCCUACCCAGUCCAACCAGCUGAUAAACACUGCGAGUGCUCUUUCUGCUCCAACGCUGUUGGGAGAUGAGAGAGAUGCUAUUUUGGCAAAAUGGAAUCAACUGCAGGCCUUUUGGGGAACAGGAAAAGGGUAUUUCAACAAUAAUAUUCCGCCAGUGGAAUUCACACAAGAAAAUCCCUUUUGCCGAUUUAAGGCAGUAGGUUAUAGUUGCAUGCCCAGUAAUAAAGAUGAAGAUGGGCUAGUGGUUUUAGUUUUCAACAAAAAAGAAACAGAGAUUCGAAGCCAACAACAACAGUUGGUAGAAUCAUUGCAUAAAGUUUUGGGAGGAAACCAGACCCUUACUGUAAAUGUAGAGGGCACUAAAACAUUGCCAGAUGAUCAGACAGAAGUUGUUAUUUAUGUUGUUGAGCGUUCGCCAAAUGGUACUUCAAGAAGAGUUCCAGCUACAACGCUAUAUGCCCAUUUUGAACAAGCCAAUAUAAAAACACAAUUGCAGCAACUUGGUGUAACCCUUUCUAUGACUAGAACAGAACUUUCUCCUGCACAGAUCAAACAGCUUUUACAGAAUCCUCCUGCUGGUGUUGAUCCUAUUAUCUGGGAACAGGCCAAGGUAGAUAACCCUGAUUCUGAAAAGUUAAUUCCUGUACCAAUGGUGGGUUUUAAGGAACUUCUCCGAAGACUGAAGGUUCAAGAUCAGAUGACUAAGCAGCAUCAAACCAGAUUAGAUAUCAUAUCUGAAGAUAUUAGUGAGCUACAAAAGAAUCAAACUACAUCUGUAGCCAAAAUUGCACAAUACAAGAGGAAACUCAUGGAUCUUUCCCAUAGAACUUUACAGGUCCUAAUCAAACAGGAAAUUCAAAGGAAGAGUGGUUAUGCCAUUCAGGCUGAUGAAGAGCAGUUGCGAGUUCAGCUGGAUACGAUUCAGGGUGAACUAAAUGCACCUACUCAGUUCAAGGGCCGACUAAAUGAACUGAUGUCUCAAAUCAGGAUGCAGAAUCAUUUUGGAGCAGUCAGAUCUGAAGAAAGGUAUUACAUAGAUGCAGAUCUGUUACGAGAAAUCAAGCAGCAUUUGAAACAACAACAGGAAGGCCUUAGCCAUUUGAUUAGCAUCAUUAAAGAUGAUCUAGAAGAUAUAAAGCUGGUCGAACAUGGAUUGAAUGAAACCAUCCACAUCAGAGGUGGUGUCUUUAGUUGAUAGUUCACAAACUUGUGUAAAGGUUUGUGAAAUGCAUCUUCUUACUGCAUCAGACCUUCCUUAAGAAUGAAACCAACCACAUGGAGGGAAAAAGAAAACAAUUCUCUCUUGGCUUGGUUUUUUGAGAAGUUUACUGACAAAUUACUGUUCAUCAAAUCUGAAAUACAGUCACCUCACAGCUCUUCAAAGAAAACCUUUGAAAGAUUUAUAUCUAAAAGCUGUAUUUACUUUCAAAGGAGAAGUGCAUAAUUACCAAAAUUGUAUGUACUGUUGUACAUUUUUACAACAGCAUUUUCUUAAACAUAAUCUGUGUUUAAUGAUUAUUGUCCAUUGAGCCUGUACUCUGCUUUCCAUACCAAGUAAAUAUGAAAUAAUCUACUUUGCACAUAACAGAAGAAACUAUAAUUACUUGGCUGUUGGAGAUUUGUACUUCAGAGUAUAAAUGUACACCAGUUUUUAUAUUUGUGAACUCAUCUGUGGGAGGAGUAAAGAAAAUCCAAAAGCAUUUAAUGUUUUCUUUUUGUUCUAUAAAGAUUUGAAAAUGUAUUUUUAUAUUAUUUUACUUAUUUGGAAUUUACAGAGCACACCUAAGCAGUUAGGAUAUAACAAAAUUACUUAACCAUUUUUUGCAACCAUUUUGUUUUUUAAGCCUUUUUAUUUCUAAAAAGAUGAAAACUUAUAAAUAAAUUCUUAAUUUGUAAUUACUUUUA